AACUUUAGAAAAAUUGUUAACCGAAAAUAGGGUUUUUUCUGAUUUUCUCAUAUAUAUAUAUAUAUAUAUAAGAAGUAAAGUUUGUAACUUUCAUGUGGGAAAGUGUAGAGCCACUGAAGAGUCUCGCAGCAAAGCAGGAGUUUUUAUCUUGCGUAUAUUCACAGCGCCAGAAGAGAAAGCAAGGCGAAGAAGAAUUACAGUAAAAGUGGUACCAAUGUCAAUGGAUCUCAAUGAUUUCACCAUUAUCAAGGAAGGAGAGGCUGAGAUUCUGAUGCAUGCCAAAAAUCAAGUGUUCUUCAAUAAAGCGCAGGUUAACAACCGAGAUUUGUCUAUUGCUGUCUUGAGGACAUUUAUACCCAAACGCCAACAGGAGCACGAAGCAAUGUGUUUGAAAAGAGCAAAAUCAUCGCAAAAGUAUUCUGAGAAUGGCACUUCUAAAUCUGUUAUGGAAGAAGCAUCGAAUGAGUCCCAUAUGAAUGGUGAAAAGUCUAUUGCAGAAUUAGAAGAACCAGUGGAGAUGUCUGGAGAUGAACCGUGUAGUGUAUCAGAAGAACCAGAAAAGACCGAGGCAAAAUUUCGAGCAGAACUGAAUGCUCCAAGAGUUCUUGAGGCGCUGUCAGCAUCUGGGUUAAGGGCACUGAGAUAUGCUCGAGAAGUGGAGGGGAUUGGUCAAGUUGUAGCCUUGGACAAUGAUAAAGCCUCCGUCGAAGCAUGCAGGAGAAAUAUAAAGUUCAAUGGUUCAGUAGCAAUUUCAAAGGUGGAAUCACAUCUUGCUGAUGCUCGUGUAUAUAUGCUGACCCACCCUAAAGAAUUUGAUGUGGUUGAUCUUGAUCCUUAUGGUUCUCCUUCUGUGUUCUUGGACUCUGCAGUCCAAUCCGUUGUUGAUGGUGGCUUGCUGAUGUGUACAGCAACUGAUAUGGCAGUGCUGUGUGGGGGUAAUGGGGAGGUCUGCUAUUCCAAAUAUGGUUCCUAUGCAUUGAGAGGGAAGUAUUGCCAUGAAAUGGCUUUGAGGAUCCUCCUUGCCAGCAUUGAGAGCCAUGCUAACCGCUACAAGCGGUAUAUUGUUCCUGUGCUCUCUGUCGCAAUGGACUUUUAUGUUCGGGUUUUUAUUCGCAUCUACACUUCUGCAAGUGCAAUGAAGAACACUCCAUUGAAGCUCUCCUAUGUUUAUCAGUGCACUGGUUGCGAUUCCUUCCAUCUUCAGCCUCUUGGGAGAACAGUCUCCAAGAAUAAUAGCGUGAGGUAUCUUCCUGGGUUUGGUCCUCUUGUUCCCCAAGAGUGCAGCGACUGUGGGAAAAAAUUUAACAUGGCUGGACCUAUAUGGUCUGCUCCAAUCCAUGAUGAAGAGUGGGUGACUAGCAUGCUAGCAGAUGUGAAAUCUGUUAAGGAUCGGUAUCCUGCUUAUAAUCGCAUAUCAUCUGUGUUGACGAAUGUAUCUGAGGAAUUGUCCGAUGUUCCGCUCUUCUUGAGUUUGCACAAUCUCUGUGCAACACUGAAAUGUACUUCUCCCUCAGCAGUAAUCUUUCGCUCGGCAGUUAUCAAUGCAGGGUACCGCAUCUCUGGAACUCAUGCAAAUCCAUUAGGUCUGAAAUCAGAUGCUCCCAUGGAUGUUAUAUGGGAUAUAAUGCGCUGCUGGGUCAAGAACCAUCCAGUGAAAUCCCAAGCACCUGAUCAGCCAGGAAGCAUAAUACUCUCCAAAGAACCACUUCUUCAGGCAAAUUUCGCUCGGGCUGUGGCGUCUCUAAGCAAGGCACAAGCCAAGAAGGUUGCGCGGUUUCUUCCUAAUCCUGAAAGACAUUGGGGUCCAAAGCUUAGGGCAGGUCGCCAAGUUACCAGCAAGCAUGUAUCUCUUUUGGGCUCAGAGGCAGUAAAUGGACAUCUUGAAAUUAAAGAAAGUGAAGAGCCUGAGUCUAAACGUCAGAAGACAGAGUAUCUCGCCUCGGAUUCAUGACCGUUCAAGUUCAUUCUUUAAAUUAUCUACAUUUUUCUUGUGCCAUAGCUACGUUCAACUUCCUUGUUUAGAAUGAUAAUUCAUGCAAAAAUUUCUUUGAGGAGUAGAGCAACUGUAUGAAUAUCCAUAAGCAUUUCUUAUGGCAGUUUUGGGUGUUUAAAUCUGAGGGAUGUAAGUUUUUUCUUUUCUUUUCUUUUUUGCUAAUUUGAUAAUUUUUCUAAGUUGAAUGAUUUAUCUAAUGAUGAUUAAGCA